AAAAAACCAUCCCAACCAAACCCAACGGCUCCCCGGCACAACACAGUCUCUUCUCUCUGUCCUCUCAGUCUCUAUCCCUCUCAUCUCGGUCUCUUUUCUCUCAGUCUCCUCUCUCACACAGUCUAUCACUCUACCAUUGUCAGGCAGCGACAGACAUCACUUCCCCAAAUUCAUGCCGAAGACAGGCGGUGACUUCCCCAAAUUCAUGCCUUCGUCUUCGAGUUCAAACGUUCUUCACAACGAGGCAGACAUUACCGAGUUCUUCACAGCCACCGAGUUCUACAGCCACAACCACUGCCAUUGGGAGGAAAUCCCCCCAUCCUUCUUCCCCUCACUCUAUUUCUCUAUCUCUCUCUGCCCCUCUACCAGCCCAGCCCCAAAAUGCCCCAAUUUUAUGGGUGUACAUGAAGUGUUCGUCAAAAUGCCCCAAUCACCACCGAGUUCGUUGCUCCAUGAUACAGACCAUAGAUCAAUUGCAAGGUUUAUUGGCUAUGCCCUAUGUCAGGAUGCAAAUUGGUUACCCACUGCGUAGGUGGAGAAGGAAAAGAUGGUAAUUGUUCUACUUCUUCAAAUGUUAGGAGGAGAUGUUAUGUCACAUGUCAUUUCUAUUUAGCUGUUUCUAACUUGAAGGACAUCAGGGAGUUUCCAUAGGUGCUAGAACCGGAAGCAUUAGUCAUAUAUUGGACGCGUCACAAAUGAUUUGUGAAAAGGUUGGUUUCUUUAUAAGUUUGUCGGCCUGAUGAACGGAAAAAGAAAUCUGAUGAAUCAUGCGUCUUCUUUGAGUUGGUCCAUUUAUAUUGAUGGCCUCAACUAGAGCCUUAAAAACAACAUCUAAGGCUCCAGACCACGAGCAAGAUAAGUGACAACUAUCUGCUUUAUGAUCUCAGCGCGUUCGUCGGCUUAGUCCAUUUUUCAUCCUGCGAAUA